AUGAAAACAUAUAGCUGAGAGGCACUAUAUAAAUCAGUAAUACUGCAUGCAAGUCAAUUGGACAAAUAAAAAGCAAGAAGCUCCUGAUGUGAAACCUUAAUUAUGUCCUCCAAAAGCUAUGCCUGUUUACUCAGAACGUCUACUUUGGAGUUCUAGAGAAUUAUUUCCAUCACAAAACGGAAUUGGCCACAGAGAACUAGAAGAACAAUAUUGCAGCCAUUUCGUGUCGUCCCGUCCCCCCCAACCUUGCGCUGGUGUGGGGGAAACUUUGUGGCUUCUCUCCCUUGGCAUGAAGUGCGUAGUUACUGGGGGCAAUGUGAAAGCCCUGGGGAAAGCGGUGCACUCUCUCUCCCGCAUUGGAGAGGAAAUCUACAUUGAGCCACUCCAGGAAGGGCUGUCUUUGCGUGCCAUAAAUGCAUCUCGUUCCGCUUAUGCCUGCUUCCUGUUCGCCCCACUCUUCUUCCAGCACUACCAGCCAGGGGAAGUGGGAUCUAACCCAGACACAGGUGCUUUGCGGUGCAAAGUGCUCAUGAAGUCUUUCCUGGCUGUGUUCCGCUCACUCCCCUCACUGGAGAAGACUGUGGAGAAAUGUCUCAUCUCGCUGAGUUCCCGGGCUAGCCGGUUCCGUGUUCAGCUGCACUGCAAAUACGGUGUUGUCAAGACGCAUGACUUGUCAUUCCAGGAGUGUGAAUCACUACAGGCUGUCUUUGACACAGGACAGUAUGCCCAUGCCCUGCGUGCCCCUCCCAGGCUCUUAGCAGAUGCUGUGGUGCAUUUCCCACUGACCCUGGCCGAGGUGACGCUGGGCGCCAGCCCUGAUGGGAAGGUGAGCUUCCGCAGCUACCUGGAAGAAGAGACAGAGACUAGCCGGAUGAUGGUGACAGAGUUGUGCUUGAGCGAGGACGAAUUCCAGGCCUUCCAUGUCAAGGAAGAGACGCAGGUCACUUUCUGCCUCAAGGAAUUUCGGGGUCUUCUGAGUUUCGCUGAGUCUUCAAACCUUCCCCUUACUAUCCACUUUGACAUCCCAGGCAGGCCAGCUAUCUUCACUGUGGAGGACCCUGUACUGGAAGUCCAGCUGGUCCUGGCCACACUGUUGGAGUCGGAGAACAGCAGUUCCCAAAUGACCAGCUGCACACCCAAGCCCCCAGCCCCAGCUUAUGACUUCACCAGCGACGACAUUGAUGCCUACAUGAUAGCCAUGGAAACCACAUGUGAAAGCCCAGCAACACCUCCCAGCCCCACCUUCCCCAUGAGGCGCAGCACUUCAGACUCAAGGGAGUUGGAUAGCGACCACGAGGGGACCAUCCCUGGCACCCCGCCACAAAAACGGUUCCGCUCUUUGUUCUUUGGAUCAGUCCUCAGCCAGUCACAGUCCCUAGUUUGCUCCAAGCAGGAGGUGCUGGCAGAGAACAGUGAGGAAGAAGCAUGACAUCUGCCCAGUCGCCAGCACGUGAGAUGCACCCCGCCUCCUAUUGCUGGCAAGGAGAGAUUUCAAGCAGCACUUCCUUUUGGUGGAUUCGGAUCCUCAUCCACCCCUUUCCAGCAGAGUCCCUACCCAGUCAGAGACCUGAUUUAAGUGAACUGAGCAGUUUUUGCAUCAUGGAGAAAGACCCUUCUGGAGAGACAGUCCACAGAUGGGGCAAGACCAACCUUUGUGCCCAAAGCAUUUCACUUACCUUAGGAAAGGUGAAUGAGAUGGCAGAGGGCGGGACAUGGUUGCAGUGGGCUUGCAGCAAACAGGGAGACCUAAAAUACCUAUUUCCUAAUAAAUUUGUUUUUAGA